AUGUCCAUGCAAGAGCCUUCAGGCCAUGAAGCAAUGGUACAAUUGCUCCGUCCAGACCACGCCCAUGAGGCCAAGAAUGAGUCAGGGGCCAUUCGCGUCAGGGCCAAUCGAGGCUCAGCUCUUUGCCCUGUCCUGGGCCAGCAUGUCUCGCCAAACCGGCUCUGCUCCCCUCUUCGCGUUGUAGAUAGUGCCUGUGCUCUGGUGUCGCUAUGGACAUGA